UGCACAUCUUGUAAUUAUUUCGCAGAAGUAGGAUGUGAUUUAUUAUAAGUGAGCGCAUGUUAACUUCCUCGUUUUUUUUCUUAUAUGAACAUGUACGCCUGAGAUAUUCCCAAUGCUUCGUGUGGAGACAUUAGUUAUUGUUAUUUUAUACUCAGUUAAAAUAAAAUCUACCGGUAUUGCAUUUUCAACGGACGCCGCUGAGUUUGAGAAUGCUAAAACACUGUGUUCUUCCGACUACCAAGUAGCAGGUACAAAUUUUUUUAACAGGUGUCAACCUAAAAAUUGUGGAAAAAUAGACUUAAAGGGACAUGAAAUUAACGUCUCAAUGGUGGAUGACACAACGCAAAUUGUAUGGAUUGGCGCAUACGUGGUACGUUCACCAGUUAUGGAAUAUAAAGGUUGUUAUAAAGUAAAGUUACCAUCUAAAACCAUCCAGCAGCUGGACCAAAAUCUGAAUGAUACAGAUAAUGAUGUACUGAAAUGUUCAAGGUUUUGUAAAAGUACAGGUGGCGGACAGAGAGGAUAUGUUAUUUUACUUCAGGGUUUUAAAUGCUACUGUGCAAAAAAAUCAUUAGGCGAAUGGACGAGUUUAGGACAAGUCGUUGAAGUGUCUACUAGUGAAUGUUCAAAAGAUUGCCCUGGUGAUGAAAUCGAUUGGUGUGGAGGGACUGAUAUUAAGAUUGUGGCUGCAUAUGAAUUCAAGGGGGAUAAAAACGAAGAUGAAGAUAUACAUCUUGGAAAAAAAUGUUUUUAUACAGCCCCAAACAGACGAGCGCCAUCAACACUAAUGCCUGGCAACUGUUUCCAGAAAUUGAAGUUUAAGUGUCAGAUGGUUGAUAUUUCAGGUUCAGGUGGGUCGAAAAAUGUGUUAACCAAACGAUGUUAUCAAAUACUUUUAAAUUGGUACGAUGCACAACUGAAGUGUCUACAAGAAAAAAGUUAUCUACCAACGUACACCCCAUCAAGCCACAUAUGUAUUUCAGAAGAAGACGUUGAUGAAGAGAACAAUUGGCACAAUGCAUUCUUAAAGGAAAGAAUUGUUUGGGAAACAGAGAAAAAGCCAAGAUUUAACCAUAAAUGUUUGGCAAUAGAGUUUAAAAAAGACGGGAACUUUACAUAUUUGGCUCUUAACUGCACAGACAAAUAUAGAGCCUUUUGUAUCAAGAAAGCAACAACUGAAACAACAACUCAUUCGGAUGCACAGCAAGAAACUACUUACACAACAUAUGCUGCUAAAACAACAACUUAUUCGAAUGCACAGCAAGAAACUUCUAACACAAAGUAUGCUGCUAAAAUAACAACGGGUUUUGUGACAGUGUCCAGCAACAGACUACCAAGAGCAGUAGACAUGCAUAAUCCAUCCAGUAACCAUUCGAAAGUUGAACUUUACAUUGCUGUUCCAUUAACAGUAGCAGUUUUGAUUGUAUCUAUCAUAAUCACAGUGAUCUGUAUUAAAAGAAGACGAAAGCGAAAAACAAAUGAAAACGAAAACGAGGAGAAUAUGUCCGCAGUAUACUAUUCGACAGUACCUGAUGAAGUUACACUUAAAAGAGAUUCCGAUUUACCCCUCGCUGAUGCCAAUGGAGCAUGUCUAGUAAAUGAAACAGAUGUGUACAAUCACUUGGGUGACACAGAUCAGCAAAAUCAUUCAGAUGUAACUGGUCCCGUCUAUGACCAUACCGGUUUACAAGAUAACGACCAGUAUGAUAUUUCGGUUAUUUCCGAGAAGCGGACAAAUAAAGAUGGCGACGAUUUAAAUCAUUACGAUUUAAUGCAAGUUGGUGCCGAGAUCAGUUCUGUCUACGAUGAAACAAGUACAGAAAGGAAGACAAAUGGAGACAAAUCGAUUGAUUCUGUCGAUAUCUAUGAUCAUGCAAAACAGACAGAAAGUGACUAUGACACAACAGAUACUCAAAAACAACAUGAACAACGUGAACAUGUUCAUGAACCAACGUAUGAUCAAUCUGGGUCAUGUGAAAAUCUUCGUGAACCAACGUACGACCAGUCGGGACCAUGUGAACACCUUACUGACCCCAUGUAUGACCAAUCUGAUUCUUUGGGAGCUGAUAUUUACGAAAAAUGUGAAACAAAGCAAAGUACCAUAGACGAGCAAUGAAAUGACAAAUAUUCCUCUCAAUAUUAUUUCGACUGGCUCUUUAUAAAACAGACGCCGUAGGGUGCUUAAAUGAAAUUUGAAAUGUGAAUCUUUGGAACGCGUUGGGGUAAUUUAGUCCGAGAUUACUCUGGCGUCCAACGGCUUUUUUUCCAGACAAGCUGGGCCGUGGGACCCACUCUGACGUCCAACGGCUGUUUUGCCAGACAAGCUGGGGCCAGUAUAUCGUAUUUUUUUAAUAUGAGGUCGAGUUUUUUUUCUACUUUUACUAUUAAGAGACAUUACACUACAUGUGACUUUGUUAAGAAUACUAAUUUGACAACAAGAGUUGGUUGAUUAUAAUGCAAGGUUUUGGAAGCUUCAGCUAAAUAUACUUGUAGAUGUU